UGAAAAAAAUUAUAUUUUUUUUAAGUUGGCAGUCCAUUUUUUAUGCGCAUGCGCGUUGAAGUAUAGCGGCUUACAACUUACAAUUAGUUCGACUAAUAAAAGUAUGUCUGUGUGUGUGUGUGUGUGUGUGUGUGUUAGAUUAUUCUUAAAAAUUAUCUCAUUUCUUUUUUUUUUAAUAAUUCCUUUAGAACGUUUAUUUUAGCGCUCAUAAUAUUUCUUACACACAUAUGGCUUUGUGCCAAGCGUGCGCACAAAAACCGGUCUGACCUAACGUCGCGGGAUCGAGAGAGGCACCCUAGAAGUGCACAAAGAAACGUGAUAAGAAAAAAAAAGAUUAUCGAGAGUUCAACACACAAGGAGAAAGCCAGAGAGAGAGAGAGAAAGAAAGAAAAAGAGUAAAUAAACGAAACUACGCUACGCGCUGUCAGCCAGUCAGCUGAUUCGCGUUCGCCAGCAUUUCGCGAUACAGCGGCUGUUUGCUUUGGCUUUGGCGCUGCUAGAUUGUACAUACACGUCCAAUUAUUUAUCACCCGUGAUAUGCUGAGGUUUCGGAAAUUAUUUCCACAACCCUGCUCAAUCAUAGCAAUGGUGCACGUGGGAGCGCUCCCUGGUUCAAAAUAUAAAUGUAUGUAUGUGUGCGUCAGGAACACCAAGGUAUAAAGGCUGCACCGAGAAGGUCGUGGAAAAUGCAACGAAAGAAGCAUUAAUGUACGCGAAAUAUAAUGUGGAUGGCAUACUGAUUGAAAAUAUGCACGAUAUUCCCUAUGUUAGGCAAAGAGAUCUGUCACCGGAGAUCACAACUAUGAUGACAAGAAUUUGUUCGGAAGUUAGAAAAGUUGUGCCGCAAAAUAUCGCAUGUGGCGUUCAGAUUCUUGCAGGGUGCAACAGAGAAGCGAUCGCGGUUGCCAAGGCUACGGGAUUGCAAUUUAUUAGAGCCGAAGGAUUCGUCUUCUCCCACAUAGCCGAUGAAGGCUUUAUUGAUGCAAAUGCCGGAACUUUAUUAAGAUAUAGAAAACAGAUUGACGCCGACAACAUUCUCAUUUUCGCUGACGUCAAGAAAAAGCAUAGCUCGCACGCGAUUACUUCCGACGUGAGCUUGUUGGAGACGGUAAAAGCUGCGGAAUUUUUUUUAGCCGAUGGCGUUAUAUUAACCGGUAAUGCAACCGGAGAGGAAGUAAGCGUAAGGGAUCUUUCAGAAGUGCGGAAGCAUGUCGUGGCGAGGCUGCCGUUGCUGAUCGGCUCGGGCGUGACAUUGGACAACGUGGACAAUUACGCGAACGCGGCGGACGCGCUGAUUGUGGGAUCAUACCUGAAGACAGCCGGCCGAUGGGAGAACGCGCCCGAUCCGGAGAGAGUCCAGGCCUUUGUCGGACAUUUAAAAGGCCAACAGCGCCUAUGACGACACGCAAUUCUGUAGGCAGCGCGUGAGGGAGCCAGCCGGAGACCGGCAGCUGUUCGACCAGCUGAGCGAGCUUCGAUUGUCGCCGUCAGGGCUGAAUAUCGCGCAUUCGCGAAGCUGGCACUUUGGUGCCUCCGGAAACCACAGAGACGUACGGUACGAAGAAAAUAAAUCUCUGUAUAUUGUAUCAGCAAAAGAGACAUAAAACUGUUUUAGCUUGGAAAAGCGACUCGUUCUAAAAUUCGUCGGGCUUUAAAUUUGUCAUUGUUAACGAUGUGUUAUGCAAAGUUGAAACUUCGACACAAAAUCUUGCGAAAGGUAGACGAGACAAGUAGUUUGCAAAACGAAUUACGAAACGAGGAAAUGCAAUGCGACGGUAUUUAAAGAUUUGAUACGAUUUUCCAAGAAAGAAAGAAAUAGAGUAAGAUU